AGCCAAGAUUUUAAUGGAAUAAAUCCUUACAAAUGUGACAAAUAGGAUUUCUCUGCUUGUUUGAGAGAGAGAGAGGGUUGUUUGGGGAUAUAUAUAUAAAAAGGAGAAACAAUAAUGGAUCUGUUAAGUUUGAGAGACCGCAGAACUCGUCUGCUGCGGAGCCGGGAGUAUAUGCUCGCUUCGAACAGGCUGAACAAGCCGCCACCCUGGCAUAGUGCGGGCAGGCGAUGGGCUGUGUCGGCCUCGACGAUAGCCAUGGCGGAGAGAGAAAGGGAACUUGUCCCGAACCUCAGGGCGAGUUGCCCGCCAACCUUUUGGAGUUUGCAGAGGAGCGAGCCAGCCAAGCCGGGAAUGAGAAGGGCGAAAACGGCCAAUGCCUCUAGUUAUGCAGAAAGAAUAAGAUUUAAGCCGGAAGCUUACCGAGCUGAACCGUGUGAGGAAUGUGAUUCAAUGAGAGAAUGCCUCAACAACGAAUUCCUCAAAAACUUCGACGCCAACCAACUCAAACACGUCGAUACGUCAACUCGAAAUACCCUGCCAACUCAUAAAACAAUAUCUGAAGAGAGACGAGCCAUUCUUGGUGAACGGGGAUCGCACUCGGCCCGGUACGACGUAAAGCGACAUCGCAGCGUUCAUUUCUCGAGCGCUCCGACCACCAGUCAGGGUCCUAGACCAUCUCAAGACGACGUCGACGUCGCAACCACCGACGCCGUACAGAACGUAGAUGGCGAAGAGACGUGACACAUCGUAUCUACGACGACGGCGAUUACAACGUAGGAUUUUAAAGACAUUGAAAGACUUGUGAACAUAGAUCAUGUUGAACAGUGGCCCGGAACAGUGGAGACCAUUGACUAUUUU